CUUUACCUUCCUGUCGGAUCGGAAGUUACGACAUUGUUCGGAAUCAACAACGGGAGCUCGCUGGUUGUGAAGGUUCCUUGUAAUUAUUUUGCAAAAUGAGCUUCUCAUCAGUUUGCAGACGGGUGGGCCUUAAAGAUCUAGUUUCAAACGUUAAUGUGUACCCUAGUGCUAGUGAAGCAACUGGGGGAUUGAACUUGCUUUUCAGGCGCUGGGCCACCAAAAAAACCGCAGGAUCCACGAAAAAUGGCCGUGAUUCCAAUCCCAAAUAUCUUGGUGUGAAGAAAUUUGGUGGUGAGAAAGUCAUUCCUGGUAAUAUCAUUGUUCGUCAAAGAGGUACGAGGUUUCAUCCUGGUGAUUAUGUUGGGAUGGGAAAAGAUCACACUCUCUAUGCUCUGAAAGAAGGCCACGUCCGGUUUGAACGUCACAAGCUCAGCGGUCGCAAGUGGGUGCAUGUUGAUCCCAAGGAAGGUCAUAUUCUUCAUCCUGUCUAUCAAAAUACUGCUGCUUCAGAUGCUGCAAGCCAUGCUUAUGCCAGUUAGAAACUAUCAAGGUUAUGAACUAAGGCUUCGUUUGGGACGGCUUUCUUGAUGCUUCUUAAAACAGCAGUUUUUUAGUACAAAAAUUAAAUUUUUAGUGCUAGAAAGCUGCUUCAAAAAGCAGUGAGAAAGUCAUCCCAAACGAAGCCUAAAGCUUUCAUUUUGUUUCUACGUGGAGAACAGUCCACUAUAAUACGGUGUCAAUGCUGACUGUUAUCUUUAUUUUAUUUGUGGGCAAUAUUAGUUAACAGUUUUGCUAUGAUAAAUAUUCUUGGCUUUCCAGAAAUGGGGAACUUCUGUUCUGUUUUACAUCAUGGUUCAUGGAAAAUGAUGAAGAGUAGACCUGCAAGACUUCUAUCGGUA